AUGCCGGCCUUACCAGAGGGAUUUUCGAGGAUAUACCAGAUGGUAGGAUACCAUCAUGUGCUUAUGAUGCUCAUUGCACUUGCUAUUAUAUUGCUCUCUCUCCUAUUAGCUGGAUGCUCCUCUUCAUCGCCACAAAUACCUACAAUCUUUCUUAUAUCGAUAUAUUAUGAGAAAUAUACACCGACCUUUGAUCCAGCCCAAGUGGAUCCUGGUGUAUCGACAGCUAUUGCGAACAUCAUCGGAGGUGCAACCAUGGAGGUCCGAGUGGGAUUCUUUGGUAUCUGCAUUUCGCCUGAUAACGGUGCUUUCAUCUGCAAUGCCAACGCCACGGCGCUGGCGGAGGUUGUUACAGUUGAUCAAGAUCCGUUGAAUGUGAUCUGGUUAGCGGAGAGAUUUAAGGAUACAGUUGUGUUUCCUUAUUUAAUAAUUGUCGCGCUUGUACUUGCAUUUUUCUGCUUCAUCCUCCUGGCCACAUUCCCUGGCUGGCACGAAGAAAUCGACGCAAGCGGCUCCGAGCGUGAAGUAAGACCCUUCCCCUCGCGACCCGUAUCGCAAGUCGCCUUGACAUUAAUCGGAAUCUCUUCCGUAUUCGUGCUGGUAUCUGUGUUGUGGCAACAUACGGCAUCCGUAGCAGCAAGUACAAUGGUCCAAGGCUUAGCCAACGGCAGUCUGAAAAGUGGCGUCGGCUCAUCUGCUAUGGUGCUGGGUUGGUUUGGGUUUGGUCUUCUUGUCGUUGUGACGAUAGGAUUGCUCGUUAUGAUUUUGAGUAUCAGUAUCCUGCGUCGGUUAACGGAUGAGGAAUAA